AUGACCAUCCAAAAGAUUGAGGCUCGCAUGAUUAUUGACUCUCGUGGCAACCCCACGGUCGAGGUGGACCUGACCACUGAGAAGGGUCUGUUCCGCGCUUCUGUGCCCUCGGGCGCUUCGACUGGUGUCCACGAGGCCGUGGAGCUGCGUGACGGUGAUGCGUCCAAGUGGGUCGGCAAAGGCGUGGACAAGGCGGUGGCCAAUGUCAACAACGUGAUUGCCCCUGAGCUGAUCAAGUCGGGUAUUCCCGUUACCUCGCAGAAGGACGUCGACGACUUCCUGAUCAAGCUGGACGGCACCCCGAACAAGGGCAAGCUCGGUGCGAACGCCAUCCUCGGUGUCUCGAUUGCCGUGGCCAAGGCUGCUGCGGGUGAGAAGGGCGUCCCUCUGUACAAGUACCUGUCGGAGCUCGCCAACACCGGUAAGCCGUACAUCCUGCCUGCCCCCGCCAUGAAUGUGAUCAACGGUGGUUCGCACGCGGGCAACCCCCUGGCCUUCCAGGAGUUUAUGAUUGUGCCGACUGGUGCGAAGAGCUUCACCGAGUCGAUGCAGAUCGGCACGGAGGUGUACCACUCGCUGAAGAAGGUGAUCAAGGCGAAGUACGGCAUUGACGCCACGAAUGUCGGCGACGAGGGCGGCUUUGCGCCCAACGUGCACUCGGCGGAUGAGGCGCUGGACCUGCUGAUGGACGCCAUCAAGAAGGCUGGCUAUGAGGGUCGCGUGAACAUCUCGCUGGACGUGGCCAGCUCGGAGUUCUACAAGGACGGCAAGUACGACCUGGACUUCAAGAACCCCCAGUCGGACUCGAGCAAGUGGCUGACGGGUGCCCAGCUCGCUGAGAUCUACAAGGGUUACAUCCAGAAGUACCCGAUCAUUUCAAUUGAGGACCCCUUCGACCAGGACGACUGGGAGGCUUGGACCAUCCUGCGCGAGUCGGCUGGUAUCACCAUCAUUGGCGACGACUUGACGGUGACGAACCCGCUGCGUAUCAAGACGGCUAUUGAGAAGAAGGCCUGCAACGGUCUCCUGCUGAAGAUCAACCAGAUCGGCACCAUCUCCGAGUCGAUCCAGGCGGCGCAGCUCGCUCAGUCGGACAACUGGGCAGUCAUGGUGUCGCACCGCUCGGGUGAGACGGAGGACACGACCAUCGCCGACCUGGCCGUCGCCCUGAACUCGGGUAUCAUCAAGACUGGUGCUCCGGCUCGUACGGAGCGUGUGGCCAAGUACAAUGCCCUCCUACGUAUUGAGCACGUCGAGAGCGACGCCACCUACGCGGGUGCCGACGGCUUCGUGAACGGCGGUGAGGCCCCCAAGGUGAUCCGCAAGUAA